AGUAAAAUUUGUCCACUUCCAUAGCCUCAGGAGAUUGGAAGGAGAAGGCAAGAAAAAAUGGUAGCAUUGACCUUAGAUUUAGCAGACUUUGAAAACUCUCAAACUGCCCCCUCUCAAGCAACUUAUUUUAUCUCUUCGUUUUAUUUUUUCUUUUAAUUAAUAUUAUUGAAAAGACAUCACCUUUCUUUCUUCUUUCUUCUUCUCGUCUGCUUCCUCAGUUUGAUAAAAACAGAGUGACCCAGAUCAGUUCCGGAGGCAAGUAAGAUAACCCAUCAAGGUUUUUGGAUUCUUUUCAGUGGUUGCUUUGGGUUUUUGAUUGUUUUGGAGGACUUGAUUCGAGGACUUCUGUGAUUACUGAUUACUCAUAGUGAACCUUGUCGGUAUAUUUAUUGAUAAAUUCGUUAGGAGAAAGCUUCAGUGAGGAUCCUGGAGUUUUAAGUCUCAGAGAUUCUUCUUGCCGUCAAUCAGAAGAGGUUUUAGAUGGCGGGUGUACAAGAUCAGUUAGAGAUCAAGUUUCGGUUGACCGAUGGGUCGGAUAUCGGUCCCAAGAGCUUUCCUACUGCUACAAGCGUGGCAACCUUGAAGGAGAGCAUUCUUGCUCAAUGGCCUAAAGAAAAGGAGAAUGGUCCAAGAACAGUGAAAGAUGUGAAGAUUAUAAGCGCAGGAAAGAUAUUGGAGAACAACAGAACACUGGGGGAGUGCCAGAGUCCCCUAUGUGAUAUUCCGGGUAGUGUUACAACCAUGCAUGUCAUUGUUCAACCUCCAUCUCAGGAGAAAGUAUGCAGAUUUGAUACCGAAAAGAUAGCAGAAAAUUGUGUUUUAAAGAUGAUGAGAUUCCAACUUCUGCCAUCUUUUUUGUCCCUUCUAUGGAAACAUCAAUGUAACAUCAUAAUGGAAACUGCAGUCACCAAAAACUAAUCUUUUUUCAAAGGGUUGAAAUUUUCAGACAUUUUUUUUUUGUAAAUUAACAAGCUUAAAUUACUAUCAAUAAAAUUGUGUGCUAACAAUAAAUACUAAUUUGUGUACUGAUGAUGACGUGUCAUUAAAUAAUUAAGUGAUUUUGAGCUAGAUAAAAAGUAAUACCAAAUCAUAUGAUAACACGUUAUCAUUAGUACACAUAUUAGUACUUAUUGUGAACGCACAUAGAUUUACUCAAUUAUUAUUGGCCUCCUGAGUACAGAACCAGCCAAGCCAAGGCCAACAACCCUACCUGACUACCUAAUUUGCUUUGGCCUUUUCCCCAACAUAAAGCAUGUUCAGUAAUUGUUCUUCCACUUGUUUCUUAUUUUAUGAUGGAGCAGAAAAGAAAGAAGCUAGCCAA